AUGUCGUUAGAGAAUAGCUUUUCUAAGCUUUGCGUUUCUGCUCAGGCCGACUCGCUAGCUGUCAAAUCCUUAGUCUUCAAACCGAAGACUCCUAAGUCGGCUGUCCCCGUACCCAUUGUUGUUGUGGCCUUGCAAACAACCUCUACCGCAUCUGCGCUAAUUGCAGGUGAAACUGGUACCAAAGAUCCCCGCUUGGCUCGUGAUGAUCUUUUUGCCUCUCAUUUCAAGUGCGGGUCAGCUAAAGACUUCAAUUUGGGCCAUCUUCUACAAGCGGCCUCUGAAUUCAAGCUCCUUCUUGAUACUGCAAUUGAACAUUGUCAAGACGGCCAAAUUUUAAAACUUAAUGACGAACUCUCCAUUAGCAAAUCCGAUUUGUCGCACUAUCUGCAGCAGUUCCAACCUGUAACCGUAGAUUUUUCACAAGAGGCCAAGAAGCCGAUCACCAAGGCUUCCGCCAGCUCCGCCGGCUCCACCACUCCUUAUAUUCAGACUAAAUCCGCUGCUUUAGAAGAUGCAAAGCUUAUCGGUAUUACGGUCGACAAGAAGUUAGACUUCUCCGGUUGGUAUCAACAAGUCUUAACUAAAGGUGAGAUGUUAGACUACUACGAUGUAUCUGGCUGCUACAUCUUGAGACCACCUUCAUACGCUAUCUGGGAGAAAAUUCAGAGAUGGUUCGACGACAAAAUCAAGGCUAUUGGUGUUGAAAAUGCUUAUUUCCCAAUGUUUGUUUCAUCUCGAGUAUUGGAAAAGGAGAAGGACCACAUUGAGGGGUUUGCCCCUGAAGUUGCUUGGGUUACUAGGGCGGGCUCAUCAGAAUUAGAAGAGCCAAUUGCAAUCAGACCCACCUCGGAAACUGUCAUGUACCCGUACUACGCUAAAUGGAUUCAAUCAUACAGAGACUUGCCUAUCAAGCUAAAUCAGUGGAAUUCGGUGGUGAGAUGGGAAUUCAAACAUCCUCAGCCUUUCCUAAGAACCAGGGAAUUUUUGUGGCAAGAAGGGCACACAGCCCAUUUGACCAAAGAAGACGCCGAGGAGGAAGUUUUGCAAAUAUUGGACUUUUACGCUGGUGUUUACGAAGAACUGUUAGCCGUUCCGGUCAUCAAAGGUAAGAAAACGGAAAAGGAGAAGUUUGCGGGUGGAGAUUUCACCACAACAUGUGAAGGUUACAUUCCUCAGACCGGCCGUGGUAUUCAAGGUGCCACCUCGCACCACUUGGGUCAAAACUUUUCUAAGAUGUUCAACAUAAGCGUUGAAAAUCCGCUAGGUCCUGAGCAUCCAAAGGUUUACGCCUACCAAAACUCUUGGGGGUUAAGCACUCGUGUCAUUGGUGUUAUGGUCAUGAUUCACUCCGACAACAAGGGUCUGGUAUUGCCUCCUAGAGUAGCUCAAAACCAAUGCGUGGUUCUUCCUGUUGGAAUAAACGCUAAGACUUCUGAUGAGCAAAGAGCUAUCAUUCAUCAAAAGUCCAAGGAAGUCGAGCAACGCUUGCGGGCAGCCCGCAUCAGAGCAUUUGGGGACUACAAUGACAAUUACACUCCUGGCUGGAAAUUUGCGCAAUAUGAGUUAAAGGGUAUUCCUCUCCGGUUGGAAUUUGGGCCCAAGGAUAUGGCUAACGAGCAAAUCACCGCCGUUCGCAGAAACGAUAACCGUAAGUACACUGUGAAACUGAGCGAUUUGGAGACACGUAUUCCCGAGAUUUUAGAGGACAUGCAAAAGGACAUGUUCUUGAAAGCGAAGGAACUUUUUGAUUCUCACAGAGUAAUUAUUGAGGAGUGGAAAGAUUUUGUUCCUGCUUUGAACAGAAAAUGUGUCAUUUUGGCCCCUUGGUGCGGUGUCACUGAGUGUGAAGAGGAUAUAAAGGACUCUUCUGCUAAGAAGGAUGAUGGAGAGGAGUUUGAAGCUGACGACAAAGCGCCAAGCAUGGGCGCUAAAACCUUGUGUACACCAUUCCAACAACCUCAAUUGAAGAAGGAUCAAUUGUGUAUCAAGUGCCAAAGAAAGGCUAUCCAAUUCACUAUGUUUGGGCGCUCGUAUUAA